AUCCAGUCUUGUUCGGGACACCAAUGCGGCGGCGUUUCGUGCGUUCGGUACAAAUAUCUCGUCGUACACCGAUAUUACACUUAGCAAUACCCGGGUAUAAAAAUAUUAUCGUCACCGUCGUUUUUACUAUACACACAUCACGGAGAAAAAAUAUCGUCCGACGAUUUCUGCCGCUUUUGUUGUUAUAUUAACUAUACUAUAUUAAUAUACACAUUACAUAGGUAUGCAAUAAUAAUGCCUAUUUUUAUUUUUAUAAACAUUAUCUAAUAACAUACCUCCCGCGAGUGUACCAAUCUUUUUUUCGUAUACAUUUUUUGUGCGUGUUUUCGUUGAUACAUUUUCAAGUUGUUUGUUUCUGUUUGUUUUUUGUUUCAAUAUAAUAUCUUAAACCUACAAAUAAGACAUUCACUAGUUUCGUUUUUCGAUGUUCGUCUGUUUUACAAACGUUUCUCACUGCACGGUUACGAAAAUAUGACGGUUACCAAUUACGGCAUGAUGAGGCCCUGUUUUACCGGAUACCCAUUUCAAGGCCAGGGCCGGGUUAACCAGUUAGGCGGCGUGUUUAUCAACGGCAGGCCUUUGCCCAACCACAUCCGGCUGAAGAUCGUCGAAAUGGCCGCGGCCGGCGUGCGACCAUGCGUCAUAUCCAGACAGUUGCGCGUGUCACACGGAUGCGUGUCGAAGAUCCUGAAUCGCUACCAGGAGACUGGCAGUAUCCGGCCGGGCGUGAUCGGCGGCAGCAAGCCUAGAGUGGCCACGCCGGACGUGGAGCGUCGCAUCGAGGAGUAUAAGACGGAAAAUCCCGGAAUUUUCAGCUGGGAAAUUCGUGACAGAAAUGACAAUGAGCCCGCCCAAUAUCACGAUAAUAAAAGAUUGAUUAGAGAAGGAUUGUGUGACCGAGGGAGCGCCCCGUCUAUCAGCGCAAUAUCGAGACUUUUAAGAGGCCACGAUGGUGAUGAUUCUGCUUCGGAAAAAAAAGUUAGCGACGGCAAAACUUCAGAUGGUUCGGACUGCGAUUCAGAACCGGGUAUACCGUUAAAACGCAAACAGCGCCGCAGCAGGACCACGUUUACUGCGCUGCAGUUGGACGAACUAGAAAAGGCGUUCGAACGCACCCAGUACCCGGACAUUUACACCAGAGAAGAGUUAGCCCAGCGCACCAAACUGACCGAAGCCAGAAUACAGGUGUGGUUCAGCAAUCGGCGUGCGAGACUGAGAAAGCAAAUGUCUAGCAACACCGGAAGUUCCACUCCAGGUUCCGGUGGCUAUGGCAUGGGAUUGGCCCUCGGGUACUCGCCGUCUGCUCAGCAGCAACAGAACCAACAGCAACAGUCGUCAGGCCCGAAUUCAUCAUCCACGCCCGCUUACAUAAUGUCGCCACAACAGUUGCACGAACCGUACAACACGACGCCGGACGGAUACAAAGAAACUGACGAUCAUCAUCAUCAGCAGCAACAGCAACAGCAACAACAGCAGCAGCAGCAACAACAGCAGAUGAUCAAGGACGAACAUCAUCAAAACAGCAUGAUGUACAGCGGUCUGGGUGCCACGUCAUUAAUCGACCACGAUAACAGGCCUCAUAGCAACAUCAGCACCGAAGCGGCCACGGCCACUUCGUACAUAGGAAUUACGGGUGGUACUUACCCGACCACGCCGCUCUACACGUCCACCUCGUCACUGCUCACUUCUCAAAUGGGUCAGUUAAAUGGAAGUGGUCAGCUCUCACAAUUGCACAUCGGUCAGGGCGGUGGCCAUCACCAGGCCUCGUCGCCGAACUUACUUUCCGCCGCUUCGCAGUCCUAUCAGAUCGGUUCGGCGUCUGCCAACUCGGCUCCCACGAUGAUCACUCACCAUCAGCUGUCUCCGGUGUCGGCCAACAUCACACUCAUGGGACAAUCGAACGGAGCGAACGGUGGGGACAGCCUAAUCACAGUGUCGUCGUCCGAACUGGUGUCCAUGCAGAGCCCGUCCAGCUGGUCGGCGCUGGCCAACCACCAUGGCCUCGGCAUCGGCGGCGGCGGCGUAGGCGGACAUCAUCAAAUGCCGCCCAUGAAUCCGGCCCGGAUAAGCCCACAGCCCGCACUCAUACCGACCGCUUGCAUGGGAGGCCAGAUGAGCCCCACUUCGGCUGCUUACUACCAGCCCCGACAGACUCAUCCGCCGUUCUACACGUGGUACUGAUCACCCCAGGAUGACCCACCACUCCCCGAAGACUUUUCGCCGUUCUCUUCUAUCCGGACGACAACUCCGCCACCUAAAACCCACAACCCGCCACGUUUAUACCUGCAUUAGUUGCGUUGAACUGCACAUAUCAGUGUCGACACGUUCGCAUUUUUAAUUGAUUUUUCUGUUUCGAAUUUCCGGCGCAAUCCGUCGAUUAUACACCAUAUCAUCAUCUUUGGCAGACAUCGGGUGGAAGCGCAGCUGUAGAUAUAGUAUCUACAGCCACGGACGGAAGUCCUGCAAGAGUUGUUCUGGCAACUUUAACGUAUAGAUACAGCCAUACACUUACCUACACUAAUGAUAAAGUGAAGAUUUAUAGCAGAAUAAACAAUACUAUACAAAUCGAAAACCGCCAAGUCUACUACACAUAACAGGUAUUUCUGGAAAUCGGACGUGAACAACUAUGCGUGGAUAAUAUGAAGAAAAACAAAAUUGCGGCUAUCUUUAGCCUUUUUACUACACUGCAACAUGUCACAAUGCAUUUAUUAUAUUUUUUUAAUACUGUUUACAACAUCUCCUUCAGUUUGAAAACUUGCAGUGUUCCUCGUCGUGAAUACCGUUAACACUGUGGCGCGUUCGGGCGUUUGAUAUUAUUAUUCCAUAAUAAUAAACCCGGGCUCGGACAAUAAUAUAGUGAGUCUAUAAAAAUAAAACCUAACCAAAUAUGUUGGUUGUACACCAUAUUAUAUGCAUAUGAUUUGUAUACGACCGUCGCUUGGCGCCGUGGCGGCCGCGGUCAUUCGUCCGGAGAAACAGAACUGUAUGAACGAUAUUGUAAGAUUUAUAAUAUUAUAUAAUAUCUCGCCUUGACAAUAUACUGCAGUAUUGAGUUAUCAUCCCACUGCGACGCGACGACGAUAACUCAAAAGUGCCACAAUGCCACAUUCCGAAUUGUAUGGCCGAUAUUAUUUUCCCUGUAUACCUACGGUCGCUCGCCGUAAGGGAUGUGCGUUAUGAUGCGUUUACCUAUAUGUAGGUACCUACAAUAUAAUAAUAUAACAAUGCACGUUACACGACGUGCACACCUAUAUGCGUGUAAUAUUAGGUAUGAUGUUGUUAAUAUACUGUUGCGGGUACGAUUAUUGUUGUCGGUAGUCGAUUUUCGGAAAUAUAAUAUUAUGGUCACCACCAGUGAUCGUCCCGUGGCCGAGUGUGCGGCGGGGGCGGGUGAUCGAGAGAAAGCAACAAACGAACAAACAAAUCACAAACAACCGUUAUCGUUUUGAUACUCGUCUUCCGGUCAAGUACGCGGCGCGUUUAUGUGUAUUAUUUGUAUGGGUAUUAUAAAUUAUAUAAAACAUCAGUACAAUACGAUUGUAGUAGGUAGUUAACAUGUGGUAAACGUCACGAAUUCUUUCAUAUCGCUCGACCACCCGCCCGCCCGCCCGCCAGCAGCAUUGUGAACGGGACGACUCCCUUGCGAAACACACCACGCCACAUAACUGACGAUACUUCGUUAUAUUUAUGGUCCAAGGUUGUGAGAAAAGUCGAUUUGAAUUAUUACAACCAUAUACCUACUUGAGGGCUUCCCAAUAUAUAUGUAAUAUAAUAUUCUUCUAUGAUGUAACAUAUACAAAAACACUUGUGAAAUCGUUUCGAUUUAGGUUUAAGUCUCAAACUUUAAUGUAAUAAUCGUAGUAAUUAUUAAUAUAACAAUAUAGUAUGUACAUACUAGCGUUUAAUUUUCUUGUUGGGUAGUCGAAAUAUUUUUUUUGUAUGUUCCUUAUAUUCAUUAUACCUACUAUGUAUAUAACAUUAUUUUUACACAAAUUGUUGCAUGUAAGGAAAUUUAAGCCCGAUUCCUAUUUUUUUUUUAAAUUUUUAUUUGUAUUUAAAUAUAUGUAAAAUUAAAACACUAAUACAACAGUAUAGUAUUUAAAUAAUACUAUUUGCUGUAUUAACUCAUAAAAAGUCAUUUUAGUGACGCAAUAUUUGCAAUAAGUCAAACAAAAAUCGUUUAUGUUGAUUAGAAAAACAAAUUGAUUAAUACUCAUAGCGAUAUUAAAAAAAAACUAAUGAAAAUAUUGAUUUAUAUAUUUCCCGC